ACACGCGCGCGCACGGUCGAUUGCUCGCGGAGAACCAACACAACACUCGGGCACGAAACUAUUCAAAGAAUUUGGGGGAUUUUGGGAGAGGAGACCAAUUGCAAACAACAUUGAAGUGUAAAAGUGAACAACCAUGCAUCUUAAUCGCGAGGACGAGGACAACAAAGGCUCUGUGUCUCUGAGUGUGUUCCUGGUGUCGGUGGGCCUGACCGUGUGCAUGGUGUGGCUGGUGGCCCUGUGUGGUGUCUGCGGAUGGUGUCAGCGCAAGCUGGGGAAGAGGAACAAACCCGGAGUGGAGGCAGCAGGCACGCCGGACUCCUCCAGAGGCCGAGGGGAGAACAAAGGCCUGAACGACCUAGACAGGGACUUUUGGAAUAACAAUGACAGCAGCAACAUGCAGCAGCAGCAGCAGCAGCAGCGGUGGAGCUCCUACCCGCCCAAGGAGUUCCUCCUAAACAUGUCCCCCUAUGCCCCCUACGGAGACCCACGCCUCACGCCCAAUGGGACAUUGGAGAGAGGGGAGGCGGGCGGGGGAGGGUCAGGGUCUGGGCCGGGUCCGGGCCCGGGUCGUGGGCCCGGUCGCAGUGACAGCCUUAGGAGCAUGAUGGCCGGCCGCGCUGGCAAAUGGCAGACGGUCCAGAGCCACCUGCACUCCGGAGGCCUGAGAACCAGCAACUUUGGGGACCCCUCCCUGUCCUCUGCCUCCACCCUGGAGCACAUCCCUUCCUCGGCCGCCCGCCCACGGCCCCUGGUGAGGCAGCAGAGCCUCCAGCAGCCCCUAACCCACCAGCCUCCGCCGGGCCCCAACGAUCCCCCGGCAACAUCACAGAGCCUGGGCCAGCUCCACACGGGGCCGGGCGGCGGGGGGCACCGGGGAGGUCCGCGGGGGGUGCGUGGUAGUCCGGCUGGAGCAGGGGCCUCACGGUACAGGGGGGGCGGUGGGGGAGCAGGGAGGUCUCGUUCCAACCCGGGCAGCGUGGACCACGUGAUGGGGCAGAUACGUCGGAGAGGCCUGGACGUCAGGUCCUUCCUGGAAGGCAAGAUGGUGGUCUUAUCCCUGGCGAUCGGACUGGCUGAACAAGAUGACUUUGCCAACCUUCCGGACCUUCAAGAGGUACCAGCGGGCCAAGAAACGCCACCCUCCGACAAGAGGGGUGCGAACUGUAAGCCAGGCAGCAGCCCCAGAGGGCAGACUCCAGACGAAGCUGGCCGCCAUGGCAACUCCUCAGUGUCGGACCUGGCCAACUCACUCACCAGUGACAUGGUAAUGCUGUCUCCUGGCUCGGAGGAGGAUGACCACUUUGAUGGUCCGAUCGAGGAGAAGCUGGGCCGUAUCCAGUUCAGCGUGGGCUACAGCUUCCAGGACUCCACUCUCACCGUGAAGAUCAUGAAGGGCCAGGACCUGCCCGCCAAGGACUUCUCCGGCACCUCCGACCCCUUCGUCAAGCUCUACCUGCUGCCAGACAAGAAGCACAAGCUGGAGACCAAGGUCAAGCGGAAGAACCUCAACCCGCACUGGAACGAGACGUUCCUCUUCGAAGGAUUUCCAUUUGAGAAAGUGGUCCAGCGUACACUCUACAUGCAGGUACUAGACUACGACCGGUUCAGCAGAAACGACCCGAUAGGGGAGGUGUCCAUCCCGCUGAACAAGGUGGAGCUGGGGCACAACCAGACCUUCUGGAAGGAACUGAAGCCAUGCAGUGAUGGCAGCGGAAGUCGAGGAGACCUGCUGGUGUCACUCUGCUACAACCCCACUGCCAACACCAUCACUGUGACCAUAAUCAAGGCACGCAACCUUAAAGCCAUGGACAUCGGAGGCACCUCCGAUCCGUAUGUGAAAGUGUGGCUGAUGAAUAAGGACAAGCGUGUGGAGAAGAAGAAGACGGUGGUUAUGAAGCGCUGUUUGAAUCCCGUCUUUAACGAGUCCUUCCCCUUUGAUGUCCCCGCCCACGUCCUGAGGGAAACCACCAUCAUCAUCACCGUCAUGGACAAAGACAAAUUCAGUCGCAACGAUGUCAUUGGGAAGAUCUAUCUCUCCUGGAAGAGUGGGCCGGCGGAGGUGAAGCACUGGAAAGACAUGAUGGGUCACCCCCGCACCUCUGUGGCCCAGUGGCACCCGCUCAAGGCCUGAGGACCACACCACACUCCCUCCAUCAGGUGCACCCCUGAGGAUGACCUCCCUUUCCUCCCAGCGUCCAACAUCACCCCCUGAACUACUCCUCAACUGCACCCCCAGAUGUCGUGAGGACAAAGUCCCGACCCCCUCACCCCUCAUCACCCCUGAACUACUCCUCACCGGCACCCCAGAUGUCGUGCGGACAACGUCCCCCUCCCUCACCCCUCGUCAACCCCUAAACUACUCCUCAA